AUGUUUUCCCACAUUCCUGUCUUCGCAGUGGCCCUGGCCGCCCUGUCUGCCGCCCUUCCCACACAAACGCUGGACAGACGUGCUGUCGCGGAUCGUUAUGUGUUCUACCAGGGCAGCGGUGCCAACUGGCCAUCUCAGGGCGCCUGGGGAAGCUUCGACUCGCUUUGGAACACCAACCUGCCGCUGAUGCAAAAGUCAUGUGGAUGGAAUGGAUGGGGCGCUGACAACUCUGGUGCUGAAAUCAACAGCAUCAAGAAUGCCAUCAACCAGGUGUCUCAGGCCACCGGCGUCGACAGGAGCUUUAUUCUCUCCAUCAUCAUGCAAGAAAGCAAGGGUUGCGUGCGCGUUCCCACCACCAACAACGGCGUUCGUAACCCAGGCCUCAUGCAGUCUCACAACGGCUCUGGCAGCUGCGCUGGCGUGACGCCAUGCUCUGGCAGUGCCAUUGCGCAAAUGGUUCGGGAUGGUGUUGCCGGAACAUCUUUUGGGGACGGCUUGAGGCAGAGUUUGGCCAAGGCCAAGCGUGCCAUUGGAAACAACAGCCGCGCAUAUUACGCCGCCGCUCGAAUGUACAACUCUGGCUCCGUCGACUACAACAACCUCGACAACGGUCUUGGAAGCACCCCGUGCUACGCAACCGAUGUUGCUAACCGCCUGACGGGCUGGACGCUGGCUGCCAGCCAAUGCCGCGCAUAA